AUGACAAACCAGGAAAAAUGGGCCCAUCUCAGCCCCUCAGAAUUUUCCCAGCUUCAGAAAUAUGCUGAAUAUUCUACAAAGAAAUUAAAAGACGUUCUUGAAGAAUUCCAUGGUAAUGGUGUGCUUGCAAAGUAUAAUCCUGAAGGGAAACAAGACGUUCUUAAACAAACAAUAGAUUUUGAAGGUUUCAAGCUAUUUAUGAAGACAUUCCUGGAAGCCGAGCUUCCUGAUGAUUUCACAACACACCUUUUCAUGUCAUUUAGCAACAAGUUUCCUCAUUCUAGUCCAAUGGUAAAAAGUAAGCCUGCUCUCCUCUCAGGUGGUCUGAGAAUGAAUAAAGGUGCCAUCACCUCUCCCCGUACUUCUCCAGCAAAUACGUGUUCCCCAGAAGUAAUCCACCUGAAGGAUAUUGUCUGUUACCUGUCUCUCCUUGAAAGAGGAAGACCUGAGGAUAAACUGGAGUUUAUGUUUCGCCUCUAUGACACGGAUGGAAAUGGCUUCCUGGACAGCUCGGAACUAGAAAAUAUCAUCAGUCAGAUGAUGCAUGUGGCAGAGUACCUUGAAUGGGACGUCACUGAACUUAAUCCAAUCCUUCAUGAAAUGAUGGAAGAAAUUGACUAUGAUCAUGAUGGAACAGUCUCUCUGGAGGAAUGGAUUCAAGGAGGCAUGACAACAAUUCCACUUCUUGUGCUCCUGGGCUUAGAAAAUAAUGUGAAGGAUGACGGACAGCAUGUGUGGCGACUCAAGCACUUUAACAAACCUGCCUACUGCAAUCUUUGCUUGAACAUGCUGAUCGGCGUGGGGAAGCAGGGCCUCUGCUGUUCCUUUUGCAAGUACACAGUCCAUGAGCGCUGCGUGGCUAGAGCACCUCCUUCUUGCAUCAAGACUUACGUAAAGUCCAAGAAGAACACUGAUGUGAUGCAUCAUUACUGGGUUGAAGGCAACUGCCCAACCAAAUGUGAUAAGUGCCACAAAACGGUUAAAUGUUACCAGGGCUUGACAGGACUGCAUUGUGUUUGGUGUCAGAUCACACUGCAUAAUAAAUGUGCUUCUCAUCUGAAACCUGAAUGUGACUGCGGACCUUUGAAGGACCAUAUUUUACCACCUACAACAAUUUGUCCAGUGGUACUGCAGACUCUGCCCACUUCAGGAGUUUCAGUCCCUGAGGAAAGACAAGCAACAGUGAAAAAGGAAAAGGGUGGUUCCCAGCAGCCAAACAAAGUGAUUGACAAGAACAAAAUGCAAAGAGCCAACUCCGUUACUGUGGAUGGACAAGGCCUACAGAUCACUCCUGUUCCUGGUACUCAUCCACUUUUAGUUUUUGUGAACCCCAAAAGUGGUGGGAAGCAAGGAGAACGAAUUUACAGAAAAUUCCAAUAUCUACUAAAUCCUCGUCAGGUUUACAGUCUUGCUGGAAAUGGACCAAUGCCAGGGUUAAACUUUUUCCGUGAUGUUCCUGAUUUCAGAGUGUUAGCCUGCGGUGGAGAUGGAACUGUGGGGUGGAUUUUGGACUGCAUAGAAAAGGCAAAUGUAGUCAAGCAUCCUCCAGUGGCUAUUCUGCCUCUCGGGACCGGCAAUGAUCUAGCAAGAUGCCUGCGAUGGGGAGGAGGUUAUGAAGGUGAGAAUCUGAUGAAAAUCUUAAAAGACAUUGAAAACAGCACAGAAAUCAUGUUGGACAGGUGGAAGUUUGAAGUCAUACCUAAUGACAAAGAUGAGAAGGGAGACCCAGUGCCUUACAGUAUCAUCAAUAAUUACUUUUCCAUUGGCGUGGAUGCUUCCAUUGCACACAGAUUCCACAUCAUGAGAGAAAAACACCCAGAAAAAUUCAAUAGUAGAAUGAAGAACAAAUUUUGGUAUUUUGAGUUUGGCACAUCUGAAACUUUCUCAGCCACCUGCAAGAAGCUACAUGAAUCUGUAGAAAUAGAAUGUGAUGGAGUACAGAUUGAUUUAAUAAACAUCUCUCUGGAAGGAAUUGCUAUUUUGAAUAUACCAAGCAUGCAUGGAGGGUCCAAUCUUUGGGGAGAGUCUAAGAAAAGACGAAGCCAUCGCCGAACAGAGAAAAAAGGGUCUGACAAAAGGACCACGCUCACAGAUGCCAAAGAGUUGAAGUUUGCAAGUCAAGAUCUGAGUGAUCAGCUGCUGGAGGUGGUUGGCUUGGAAGGAGCCAUGGAGAUGGGGCAAAUAUACACAGGACUGAAAAGUGCUGGGCGGCGGCUGGCUCAGUGCUCCUCUGUGGUCAUCAGGACUAGCAAGUCUCUGCCAAUGCAGAUCGAUGGGGAACCAUGGAUGCAGACCCCAUGCACUAUAAAAAUUAUGCACAAGAACCAAGCCCCGAUGCUGAUGGGCCCUCCUCCCAAAACCGGGUUGUUCUGCUCCCUCCUCAAAAGAACAAGAAACCGAAGCAAGGAAUAAUCCUGUAUCUUUUCAUUCUUAGAGAUUUAAUUAGCAUCAUUGGGCCAUGGAACACUUAUGCUGGAAAUCGUUGAACAAUUUCAAGUCUCCUGCUCAUGCAAAAUCAUGGAAUUGGUUUAACAGUUUUUGUUACUGAGCUAAUGUAAAAUCCAGCUAUUAGAAAAUUUAAUGUCUCAGUUUUUAUGAGCAUCUUUGCAUGAAGAAAGCAGAGGUUUACAUGAAGUGAUACUGCCUAUUUUUGUUGCAUGCAUUCCCAUAAAUUUUUGGGUCUCCUACCCAUUCCUUCUCCAAUUUCCAUUUACUAACCUGUAAAAAAAAAUCUGUACAACAAAAAAAGGAAAUAUCACGAGAAAUGUGAUUCCAGUUAUUAAUAAGCACUACUUAAUAAUGCUACAAUAAUCAUAAUUGCAGAUUGCUAUACUUUUCCCUUUAGAAUCAAACAGUAUAUCAAUGAUCUUUGACCUGUGAGUUGAGGAGAAGCUUUUAAUUGAAAGGUUUUGUUAAAUAGUUGUCUACUUGCUGUAUCUAAGUAGUUUUUCUUCGACAUCUUGAUGCUUCUGAGUGGAAUUUAAGAUAUCAGGUAUAAAGUAUUCUUGUGCUAAAUGUAGGAAGUGGUUUUUAGUUUGUUUAGUUUUGUUUUUAAUUCCAGACAUAAGUGACAACAUGUUACUUGGCAGUAAAGUGUGUUAACAUGGCAAGCCUUAUUCCCUUCUGCAUGUGAAUUUAGAAGAAAAUUCUUAAUCACAACAGUAACCAAAUAGAUGUUUGAAACUAUGUGCCUAAUAAACUGUGUUUCCCACCAAAGAUUCAGAAAAA